CCGCCGCUGCGGGUGGGUAGAGAAGCGCUCGGCGCCUCAGGGAGGGGACCGUGCCCGCCCCAUUAGAGCCCCUAGCACGGCCGGAACAGGUUACAAAAUGACCUCCUAUGCUUGAGACCUACAGCCUACAUGUCCUACAGGAACUAAUCAGUGGUUUUUCAUCUCCUGGAGAUACACUAGAAACAUAAACAUGGUGCCAAAAGAACUCCUUCCAUUUCUCUGACUACGGUUUAUGUGGACGUACUUUUGUACUGAAGAGGUAUAUACGCCGAGGCUACUCGUUGUGCAGAGACCAGUUGUGCUGGAUCAUGGACCAUCCUAGUAGGGAAAAGGAUGAAAGACAGCGGACAAGUAAACCCAUGGCACAAAGGAGUGCACACUGUUCCCGACCAUCUGGUUCCUCGACAUCCUCUGGGGUGCUUAUGGUGGGACCCAACUUCAGGGUUGGCAAGAAGAUAGGGUGUGGGAACUUCGGAGAGCUCAGAUUAGGUAAAAAUCUCUACACCAAUGAAUAUGUAGCAAUCAAACUGGAACCAAUAAAAUCACGUGCUCCGCAGCUUCAUUUAGAGUACAGGUUUUAUAAACAGCUUGGCAGUGCAGGUGAAGGUCUCCCACAGGUGUAUUACUUUGGACCAUGUGGGAAAUAUAAUGCCAUGGUGUUGGAGCUCCUUGGCCCUAGCUUGGAGGACUUGUUUGACCUCUGUGACCGAACAUUUACCUUGAAGACUGUAUUAAUGAUAGCCAUCCAGUUGCUUUCUCGAAUGGAAUAUGUGCACUCAAAGAAUCUCAUUUACCGAGAUGUCAAGCCAGAGAACUUCCUGAUUGGCCGACAAGGCAAUAAGAAAGAGCAUGUCAUACACAUUAUAGACUUUGGACUGGCCAAGGAAUACAUUGACCCUGAAACCAAAAAACACAUACCUUAUAGGGAGCACAAAAGUCUAACUGGAACUGCAAGAUAUAUGUCUAUCAACACGCAUCUUGGCAAAGAGCAAAGCCGGCGAGAUGAUUUGGAAGCCCUAGGCCAUAUGUUCAUGUAUUUCCUCCGUGGCAGCCUACCCUGGCAAGGACUCAAGGCUGAUACAUUAAAAGAAAGGUAUCAAAAAAUUGGUGACACCAAAAGGAAUACUCCUAUUGAAGCUCUCUGUGAGAACUUUCCAGAGGAGAUGGCAACCUACCUUCGAUAUGUCAGGCGAUUAGACUUCUUUGAAAAACCUGACUACGAGUAUUUACGAACCCUCUUCACAGACCUCUUUGAAAGGAAAGGCUACACCUUUGACUAUGCCUAUGACUGGGUCGGGAGGCCUAUUCCUACUCCUGUAGGGUCAGUUCAUGUAGAUUCUGGUGCAUCUGCAAUAACUCGAGAAAGCCACACACACAGGGACCGGCCAUCACAACAGCAGCCUCUUCGAAAUCAGACUGCAUCGUCAGAGCGCCGAGGAGAGUGGGAAAUCCAGCCCAGCCGGCAGACCAAUACCUCAUACCUGACGUCUCACUUGGCUGCAGACCGCCAUGGGGGAUCAGUGCAGGUUGUUAGCUCGACCAACGGAGAGCUGAAUGUUGAUGACCCUACGGGAGCCCACUCCAUCGCACCAAUCACAGCUCAUGCCGAGGUGGAGGUAGUGGAGGAAGCAAAGUGCUGCUGUUUCUUUAAGAGGAAAAGGAAGAAGACCACUCAGCGCCACAAGUGACCAGUGCCUCCCAGGGGUCCUCAGGCCCUGGGGACUCUGACUCGAUUGCACCUGCAGCUCCUGCCAUUUCUCAUUAGAAGGGACUCCUCUGUGGGGGCGGGUGGAGAUCCAAACCAAAAAGAAGAACACAGAUGCCCCCAGAAGGAGCCAGUGCGAGCAGCCAGGGCCCAGUGGGUCAGUGGCCAUCCUACCUGCCUUGGGCUCUGAGCAGGUCCCAGAGCUCCGCAACUCCACUGCUUGCCCUUGGGGCUGCCUAGUCGACUGUCCUUCCCAUUGUUUACAGUGAAGGUGUCAUUCACAAAAACUCAAGGACUACUAUUCUCUUCCUUCCCCUUCGUUUACUCCUGGUUCUCUCCCCAUCCUCACUCCUCCCCAGCAUAAAAGCUAGUGAGCUAAAGGCUUCAUCUGCAGAAGGAGCUCAAGAGGCUGGGGGUGAGGCUAAGAAGGUAGGAGGAAGAGGGCAGACUGCCCAGGCCUGCCUGGCAGUAUGGCUUCCACUUCCUCGGUGCCUGUGCAACCUCCAUCCCGGGUGACCACGGGGUUCAGGUUCCUUCCAGCCUCUCUCCUGUGAAGUUACACUGUAGGACACAAGCUGUGAGAAAUCUGCAGUCUACUGUCCCCACGUGUUGCGUUCUUAGCUUUCUUGACAAGUGAACUCUUUUCUCCAGGCGGUAGUCGGACAAUGCAGAUAGUUCUGAGCAAAGGAAAGACAACUGACUUUAUUGCACUUUUAGUUUUUCGGGGUUUUUAUGUUUUGUUU